AUGUCGACAGGCCUAUCAGAGACAUACGACCACACCGGCAAGCCGGUCAAGCAUGGCCGAGCCAGAGUUAACGGCAUCCGCAUGCAUUAUAUCACCGCAGGCCAAGGUCCACCUCUUCUCCUACUCCACGGCACGCCGAAGAACAGCUUCUACUGGUAUCGUCUGUUCCCACUUUUGACCGAGCACUUCACUCUCGUCGCUCCAGAUUUGCGAGGGUUCGGAUAUACCGACAAGCCUCCCACGACCGAUGGCUACGAUUCCAAGGAGCAGGCGGCCGACGUGGCAGAUCUGAUGACGCAGCUGGGCCAUGAGAAGUUCCAUCUGCAUGGCGAGGAUCGUGGAGCGGAUUAUGCGUAUGCUGUUGCGGGGCUGUACCGGGAGAGAGUUUUGACGCUGUCGUUUUGUGAGAUGCUGUUAUCGGGCAUUGGGCUGGAGGAGUCAGCACUCUGGUCGAAGGAGAAUGUUACAGCGCAGUUUAGGCAGGCCGGGGUUUGGUGUUGGCACCUCCCAUUCUUCUACAUCCCGCAUAUCCCCGAAAUGCUAAUCCAAGGCCACGAGCGCGAGUUCUGGGAAAUGUUCAUCAAGCAAGAAUGCUACAAUCCCACGACCGUCGAGCCCCUCGCCCUCGACCACUGGAUCGAAUGCGUCAAGCAACCAGGCUGUCUCCGCGGCAUUCUCGAGACAUACCGAGCGGGUUUCAAGAACGGCGAUAUCAACCAGGAGCUGGCGAAGGAGAAGCUGACGAUUCCGGUCAUGACGAUUGGGGCUCCUGAGUUUUUUGGUCCGAGAGUCAAGGAGUGUGCGGAGAAAUUUGCUGAGAAGGUUGUGAAGAGUGAGCUUUAUGAGGAGUGUGGGCAUUCGUUGGCGUUGGAGAAGCCGGAGAGGUUGGCGAAGGAUUUGUUGGGAUUUAUGUUGGGGAAGUGA